GAAAGCUUAAAUACUUGCUUCAUAGAUGGACGAGCAGUGUUUGCUCAUCGCACUGAUGACUUUACGAUGUCAUUCCUCGAUUGGAAGAGCCAUUGUUUAUAUUGGUACAAAAGGUUCCUUGCAGGUAUUUUCAACCAAAUCGAGUGAAAGAUUUGAUGAGAAAACUUGUGAUUCAUUGUCUAUGUUUAAUAUCCUAUGAUUACUAGAGUAAAAUGAAGCUUUCCACAAUUCUCACAGCCGCAAGCCUCCUGCAGUGUGGAACUGCACAAAGCAUUUCUAAUUCCGGAGACACUACACUGAAUGGAACAUUUGGUUAUGCAGGAUCUCAUACCCUGCGAUACGACACAGGUAGCUAUGGACCGUCAGUAGAAGAAUACCAUUACUUCUACGAUCAAUGGCCCAUUGGAUUGGCGAUCUCCAAAACUGGCCGAGUCUUCACAUGCUACACACGUGGCACUUACGCCUACACACUCGGAGAAGUAGUUAAUCAAACUGUGGAAGCUGCAUAUCCUUCCCUGCAGUUAAAUACUCCUCCAGGAGGUCUCUACAGCGAGUCACAUGGCAUACAAUUUGGAUCUUCGCUUCAGGACUAUUUUAUUUCAGUUCAAGCACUUUUUAUAACGCCCGAUGACACGCUAUGGGUUCUAGAUACUGGGCGUCCGACAAUCAACGAAAGUCAAGCUCCCAGUAUGCCAUAUGCUGUUUCUGGAGGUCCGAAACUAGUCGCAAUUAAUCUAUCUAAUAACUCUGUAACCCGCACAUACACGUUUCCAUCCAAUGUUCAUUACCCGGACUCUUAUCUUAACGAUGUGAGAUUUGAUCAACGCAACAACAUCACGGAGUCGGGGGGUGGGGUUGCGUAUUUAGUUGAUUCUAGUAAUGAGGGAAGAAAUGGGUUUAUAAUAUUGGAUUUGUGGACUGGAGAGAGUUGGAGGAUGUUGAAUCAACAUAGGAGUGUUUUGAGGGUGCAAGAGGAUGUACCGAGUUAUAAUGGAUUGCCGUUCUACCUGAGAGAAACAGGGACGGGAGUGGGGUUUCAGCAGGAGGGAUUGGACGGGUUGGAGUUGGGGUUGUGGGGUGAUGUAUGAAUAUUCUCUGUUUAUUUUCUGCUUUACUGUAUCAUCAUGACGGGAAUAAUUACUUACGAACUACAGGUCCUCUACUAUUCCCCUCUGACAUCUAACACGCUCUACAGUGUUCCCACUUCCUACCUCCUUAGUAAUCCGUCCACCUCCCCUAUCGCAUCCAAACUCGCAAUGGACAACGUCCACAACCUCGGCCAGCGUGGUGGCAAUGCCAAUGGCUUCGCAUCCGAUUCUCUAGGCAAUAUAUACAUGCUCAUGCCCUCCUCAAACGCAAUCUACAUCUGGAACAGCACAAUAUCGCAAGCAGUGCCAUUUGUAAGAGAUCCGCGGAUUAUCUGGCCUGAUAGCGCGAAUGUUGGGUUCGAUGGUUACAUCUAUUGGAACGUCAAUCAGUUGCCGUAUCAGCCGAAUUGGAAUGAAGGGGUUGAUAGGAGGGUUAAGCCGGGGGUCAUGAUGAGGUGUAAAUUGCCUAUCGGGGCGGGCAAGAAUAUGAAUCUAGGAUAGGAGAAGUGUAAUGGUGAGAUUUGUGAUGUUGACUUUCAUCGCGCUAAUGCAUGGCCAAUUUGUUUGCUUUUAUGAAAGAUUUAAAUAGCUCAUAAAGCCAAGGGGGUGCUACCUGGCUGAAGAAUAAACACAGGUAGGCCUUUCGGCACAUGGCCAACAGACAACCUUUAGCCAAUGAAGUGAAGAAGGAGAGAGCUGACAUGGAACAAAAAAAGCUAAUCCAAUCACCGAUACUGGGAUAUGCAUACACUCCGUCGAUAUGAAUGGUACCAUAGGUUUCUCAAUCCUGUAUACAUAAUUAUUGUUUAUUCCUGACUCCCUGAAUCCUCGUCUCUAGACUUACCGUGUCAUCUUUUCAGAUGUGCAACAGAGUUGGACAGAAUCAAAGCUGAAUAUACUCCCUUGUUAACUGCAGGGUAUCAUCUGUGAUAGCGGAGGUGUCAUGUAUGCUUCAGUAGUUGGUCUGGAAAGCAAGGGGUCCACCAAGGAUUUAAUCUGCAGCA